AUGCCUUCAAAGAAACAACAGGAAAUAGAAGAACUUGUGGAAAAGCUUCACAGAGAUUCAUUAGUUGUAGCGCAAGUUCGAACUCUUGUUAAACAGGAUGAAGAACUCAUGGCUGCAGAAACACUCAUUGUGGAAGAAUAUGCUAAGCAAGUAACAGAGGAGCUCAAUGCUGUGUUGCCAUCUCUAGAGAAAGCUCUGGCUGCUCUUGAUGCACUUGACAAAAAUCACAUUGCAGAAAUUAGAGUGUAUGCUCGCCCUCCUCCACUUGUAUUAACUGUUAUGAAUGCAGUUUGUGUUCUUCUUCAAAAGAAACCGACUUGGGCAUCAGCAAAAUUACUCCUUGCAGACCCUGGAUUUCUCAAGAAGUUAACUACUCUUGAUAAAGAUAAUCUGCCUGAAAAGGUGCUUCUACAGCUGAAAAAAUAUGUGAGGUCACCUGACUUUAGCCCAGCAAAAGUGGGACUUGUAUCUGUUGCCUGCUGCUCCAUCUGUCAAUGGAUUUUAGCUUUAGAUAAUUACCGUAUAGUAAAAAAGUUUGUAGACCCGAAACAAGCCAAAGUAACAGAAGCAGAGGAUGCAUUAAAGCGUGCCCAUGAAAAACUGGCUGAAAAACAAAGAGGUUUAAUCUUGAUUGAACAGCAUCAGCAAAAUUUAGAAGCAAGAUAUGAACAAAGUAUUGCUGAACAAGAAAUACUAGCAAUUCGAAAAGAUCAGACAACACAACGUUUAAAAAGUGCAUCUGUAUUAAGCACAGCUCUGAAGGAUGAGAUGGAACGCUGGAAAGAAAUGGUUAACAACAUGGAUCAAAGACUUCAAGGGAUUGUGGGUGAUGCUCUUAUUUCAGCUGCAUGUAUUGUCUACAGUGGAGUGUUAACAGCAGAGUAUCGUCAGCAGCUAGUGAAUGUUUGUCUAAAACACUGUAAUGAAAGCAAUAUUCCUGUAUCUUCAAAUUAUUCACUAGUAAACUGCAUGACUGAAAAAAUUGAGGUCCGUCAAUGGCAAAAUGAAGGUUUGCCACUUGAUCAAUAUUCCACAGAAAAUGCUAUUCAUAUUAAACAUGGACAACGAUGGCCUUUACUAAUUGAUCCAGAAAGACAGGCUUACAAAUGGAUAUGUCAAAUGGCAAGAGGCUGUUUACGACAGAUUCGUGCUACAGAUUCUACUUACUUAAGAACACUUGAAAAUUCUAUGCGUGUGGGUGAAUCAGUCCUUCUUGAGGAUAUUCCUGAAACACUGGAUUCAAAUAUGAAACCGAUCUUAAGAAAAGACAUCUAUGGAAGAGGAGGGCAAACAUUUAUCAGAAUAGGAGAGUGUGAAGUUGAGUACAAUGAAAAUUUUAGACUAUACAUGACAACCCAGAAAGCUAACCCCCAUUUUCUACCAGCAAUAUGUAAAAUGGUGACAAUGAUAAAUUUCACCGUAACAUUCCAAGGUUUGCAAGACCAGCUUUUGACUGCAGUUGUUAUUCAUGAAAAACCAGAGCUUGAACAACAGCGUUGUACAUUGCUGGAAAACAUAUCUACUGACCUAGUUACACUUCGGGAACUUGAACAAAAAUCACUUAGACUUCUUCAAAAAACAGAUGGACACAUUUUAGAUGACCAGGACCUUGUUAAUAAUUUACAGAGAACAAAAAUCACUUCAACAGAGAUAUUUGAACGUGUUGAAGCAUCAGCGAGAACAGAAGAUAUAAUAGAAAAAAUGCGUAAAAAGUAUCUUCCUAUUGCAACUCGAGGUGCUCUGCUGUAUUUUAUGGUGUCAGAUCUUAUCCACAUAAACCAUAUGUAUCAGUUUUCAUUAGUAUGGUUUCAUAAGAUCUUUGUGAAUUCCAUGGAAUAUAUUAGCAAGCUAAAAGCUCGUAUUUCUCUGAGUGAGUCACAUAUUCCUAUAACUGGAACUGUUCGAGCCCUAAGUAGGCAAAGAAGACAUUCCACCUCAGAAGAAUGGGAAGGAUGUGAGAUGGAUAGCUUCAACAGACGUGUUAACAAUAUACUUGACAAGUUAACUAGUAGUGUUUAUAAGACAGUUUCUUCAGCUCUUUUUAGUGAACAUCAACUAUGCUUUUCUUUCUUGCUGUGUGCUGCAAUCAUGAAAAAUAAUUGUGGUGAAAAUCAAUUUAAUAACAAUCUUGGAUUCAUACCAGAGAAACAGUGGAACUUCUUUCUGUAUUCUAGCAUGAUGGCAAAUAUUAAGGACCCACAAGACUCUGAGAAUAUUGGUUUUUGUGAAAUUCUGGAAAGUCCUCCUCUCUGGAUUACAGACCUUAUGUGGAAAGAAUGCCAGUACAUGAGCACUCAUAUACCAGCAUUCAGCCUAUUGUGUAAUUCCCUUUUAUCAGAUUCUCACCAAUGGGAAGCUUUUCAAAAUAGCCAGAAUGUAUAUGAUUUGCUUAGUAGCCCAGUUUCAUCAGCCAAGCAAGCUCACUUCCAGGCUGGCUUGAUGCCUCCCUGA